CAGUAUUUUUUGAGAAGUGGAAUCCCAGAAAACCUUUCUUUGAGUUGCUUGUAGGGCUGAGCAUGGUCAUAGAGAAAAAGCAGAUGGAUUCUAUCAGGGUGCUUGUAUUGAACACCAAAGAAGCUGAGCUAGAAAUUUGUCACUAUGCAAAGGAAGGAAAUGUUGUAGAACUGGCUGUUCUUCUAAUGAUUGCUAGGGAAGAGGUGGCUCUACUCAUGUCUCAGAUCAGAGAUGGUUCUACUUCAAAUGGAUGCAUAUCUAUCCACCAAUAUAUCUUAAGUAAGUUGGAAGCACUAAUUUGUGAGGAGUACAAACCCACAUCCUACAAUGAACAAAAGAAGUUGCUUCUGGCAGGCAAGGAGAAGAAGGCCGCAUUUAUAUCCGUAUUAGUGCUGCUUGAAUUUUUUGAGAUGGAGGGUGACACUAUCGAAGCAUAUAUUCGGCAAGAACGAGUUAAUUUGUCAAAAGAACAGGUGGCCUUAGCUAUUGCAUGGCUGCUCCAGGGAGCGAAGAUACUGCCAAAGUACCGAGGCAUUAAUUUGAACAAGAUCUGGUCAAGACCUGAGAGGCGUUUAGGAUUUAUGCAACCAACGAGGUAUGCAAUUCGAGCAAAGGAAUUGGUAAAGAAGAAGCUGAAGGAUGGGGAAAUGAAUGAUAACACAAAGGUGGGUAUCGAGGGACCUGAGGAAUCAGUCACAGAAGCGCCAAAGGCAGCUAUCUCUUUUAGUUCUGGCAAAGGUUAUCGUUUUUCAAAAAUUUGUAAGAGCAAUAGAGUCCCUAAAAAUGAUCGUGGCAAAGCUUCAAACAAAGAGACCUUUAUGGCCCGAUCAUUCCAUACAAUACGAGCAGCCUCAGGUUCUCAGUCUACCUCCUCUAGGGAUGUUCAGGCAAAGAGAACGAUCAAACCAUAUCUGCGAAAUGUUUUGUCAUGCCAGCAAUGGGCCUCCAUUGCGAUUGCUAUUAAGAUGGGAAUAAGGCGUUUAUGAUUUGAUUAUGUACUCUUUGAGCAUCUGCACUACUGCACUUUCUCUCUGCUGCUGAAGUAGGUGAUGGGGAUGAAGUGAUGCAAGCCGUCACAACUAAUGCUGCUAUUGGCUGAAAAAUGAACCCCUAUUCUUAACUCUGCAUCCUCCUUUAGAUAUUUUGUAAAGAAUUCACAUCAGCCAUUUUAUUUCUUUGGCGGGUUAUAACCCUUGCACCCUCAAUAUUUGUGGUUGUUUUGCUUUUAACUUUUGUAUCUUCAUGUAUUUGUUCUAAGAUCUUAAGCUUUGUAUCUCGAGAUCUUGUUAUAAGAUCUUGUGAUUGUUCUGGGCCUUAUUUUGUUAGGGUAUGAUUGACUCUAUUUGGAGUAGA